AAUGCAGCUACUAAUAAAUGUGAAAGUUGCCUUUCAGGAUCUGUCAAUCCAAUCAAUUCGAAUAAUACAAAUAACUAAAUUGAUAAUUGAACCACUACAGAUAGCGCUUACAUCUUAUCUGCUAUUUCAUUAGUUAUUUUAGGAUUAAUGGCAUGAUUUUGAUUUUAAUAUUAUAUAUAGGGAAGAAUAUAAUAUUACAAAUUAUUUUCAUCUUUCAACAGGUUUAUUUGAAAAAUAAAUCUCUGAUAAUAAAAUUUUAGAAUAUUAUAACAAUCAUUAAAGAAUUUUUGAUAAAUAAAUAUCAAAAAUCAUAUAUUUGUUUCGAAAAUUCUAUAGAAUAAUAUUUUAUCAGGAUGAGAAAAAUUUUUGUAUUAGAAAAUAUGCUGCUUUUCUAUAUGAAAUGAAAAAUUUAUUUGAAUAGAACGACAAGAGAUAUUAUAUAAAAGAUAUUAGAAGAACAUAAUCGAUCUUUUCAAAAUUAGAUCCAGAUUUAAUACAAGUUUAAUAAGUAAUAAUAUGA